AUGGUAGUGUGGAUAAAGCAGCUUGGAGGAGUUGGCACGAUGGCGUCCGCCACCUUGAGGACGUGCACUGGAGUGGCCGGCUUGGGUGCAGUGGCCUCUUCAGCGAGGACGUCUCCAGUGACUGGAAGCUUGUCGGCCCUGCCUCUGCUUCCAGAGAGGCAUACGAGGGAGUCCACAUUUGUUGGGAAGAGCAUACCACUCUGCAAAAUUCUUCCGAGCAAGUCUCGAAAAGCCAGGCAAAUAAGAGCCGAAGCAAAGCCAGAGACAGGCACCAAGGAAUCCCGUUCCGUUCCUGAUGUUGCUCCUGUCAAGGAGGCUGUUGAGGACGGGAAGUCGGCAUUGAACCAGCUUCUCGGCAUCCGCGGGGCGGGCCAAUCCGCAGAUAUCUGGAAGAUUCGGCUACAGUUGACGAAACCCGUGACCUGGGUCCCUCUUAUCUGGGGAGUGCUGUGCGGAGCUGCAGCAUCAGGCAACUUUGAAUGGACUCCAGAGGACGUGGCGAAGUCGGUAGUGACGAUGUUCCUCUCGGGGCCGCUGCUGACAGGCUACACGCAGACCAUCAACGACUGGUACGAUAGAGAAAUCGAUGCAAUCAACGAGCCCUACCGACCUAUCCCGUCCGGCGCCAUCCCUGAGUCGGACGUCAUUGCUCAAAUCUGGGUACUUCUUCUAGGUGGCCUCGCCGUUGCAUACGGCCUGGAUGUCUGGGCGGGCCACGAGUUCCCUAUUGUGCUCGCGCUCUCUGCCGGCGGCUCCUUCUUGUCGUACAUCUACAGCGCACCACCCCUGAAGUUGAAGCAGAGCGGCUGGAUCGGCAACUACGCGCUGGGGUCUUCGUACAUUUCGCUUCCCUGGUGGGCGGGCCAGGCCGUCUUUGGCAGCAUUACUCCGGACGUGGUCGUGCUCACGCUGCUCUACAGCAUCGCGGGGCUGGGCAUCGCCAUCGUCAACGACUUCAAGAGCAUCGAGGGCGACCGCGCCAUGGGCCUCAACUCGUUGCCGGUCGCCUUCGGCGUGGACACCGCCAAGUGGAUCUGCGUCGCCUCGAUCGACGCGACGCAGCUGUCGGUGGCGGCGUACCUGGCGGCGACGGGGCAGACGACGUACGCGGCGGUGCUGCUGGGGCUCAUCCUGCCGCAGAUCUUCUUUCAGUACAAGUACUUCAUCCCGGACCCGAUCAAGAACGACGUCAAGUACCAGGCGAGCGCACAGCCCUUCCUAGUUUUCGGACUUUUGACAACAGCCCUAGCAAUUGGUCAUCGAUAGGACAGCUGCACGAAUAUGUCGACCAAAGCAACGCAAUAAAGGGCAAGGAUUUUAUGAGGAGCAGACUAUAUUGACGGAAGCCAGAUAAGAAAAAAGCUGAAACUGUGCGUUAUGUGCGUCGCUACUUUGUAACGCAAAUACCACCCAGUCGGAUGGAGGCCGGACCUGAAACUUGAGUUGGUCAGUCAGGUGGCAUAUGGCAGACGGGCGGCAUAUCCCCAUGCAUUGGUUCGGUCGGAGCAUGAGUCGUC